CGCAAAUAGUGACGCACGACGUCGACCAGAAGUGUUUUGACCACAAGUUCCACACAAGCCAAGUUCGGACCAUGUUUGGUUAAUUUAUUCAAAAUUCGUGUGUCAGAAGACGUGACAAUGCCCGUGCAAAGUGUUCCGCUUCGGGAUGCGUCGAUUCAAUAUCGCUUGCUUCAUCAGUAUCUACUUCUCCUGAAGAAAUAUCCCAUUCUUACUAAAUCAGUGACAAGUGGCAUCCUCUCAGCCUUGGGAAAUCUUCUUUCUCAGAUUUUGGAGGCAAGAAAAAAAGCCCAAAGUGAUGCUUCGGUCAGAGAAAUCGACACAGCUGGAGUGCUACGCUAUGCCAUUUUUGGUUUAUUCAUCACGGGACCAAUCAGUCAUUACUUUUACCACCUGAUGGAGACGGGGAUGCCAACAACUGAUCCGUAUUGUGUCGUCAAACGUCUGCUUCUGGAUCGCCUUGUUUUCGCACCAGGGUUCUUGAUGAUUUUCUAUAUAGUGAUGAACAUCCUUGAGGCAAAAGGAUUGGAUCACUUCAUAAAGAAGAUUAAAGCAAGUUACUGGACUGCUCUGAAGAUGAACUGGAAAGUUUGGACACCUUUUCAGUUCAUAAACGUCAACUUUGUGCCUGUCCAGUUCCGAGUGCUAUUUGCCAACAUGAUCGCCUUAUUUUGGUACGCUUACCUCGCAACUGUCAGAAAAUAGCCGAAGAUUUCAACUGAGGAAGAUCAUCUGUAGCAAAAAACUGCCAGAUUUUUACUGACGAGGACAACGACUCACUCUCAGCAUUGACUUAAACACUGUGAUUUAAUUUUGAAUACUUGAAUGGUUUGCAAUAGAACACCAGAAUAUGUGCAGUUUAACAACGGAAUAGCUUUCUUACUAAAUACGCUCUAAUAUGGUAGAGUACACCAAAAAAAGUUGUGGAUAUCGGAUGAAAUCUCAGCAUCAAAAAUGUUUGGAAUUUGGUCAUUCAGCUCCUUGUUCGAGGAUAGUAAGUUUUGCGAAAAAGAAAUGUACUAAACGAUUUAACAUCUAAAGGUUAAAUGAAUUGCGUGUUCGCAUAUUCCAAAUAUUUUAUGGAUAAAACUAUUUUAGUGCCCUUUUAUUGAUUCCUUGUCCUGGUUUGUUAUGUACCAAAUCUGCAAUGCAUUAACUACUUGAAUUGUAAUAAAGUUGUC